GAAUCAAUGUAAAUAUGAGUGACUAAUAGCAAUAGCGAUAGUGAUAAGCGGCACAUUUUUACCUCAUCGUGAAAAACUUUUGUGUUUAAUAGAAGCAAAAAAAGUGUUGCGAAAACUUGGCUUAUAAUGUUAAUUAAAUUCACAAAAGUAUAAACGAGCUAUGAAUGAAAUUGCCGAGUUGCCACGCGAAGAGCUAACGAAUGGCAGCUGAUGGCUGGUUGGCUGACUGGCUAGCUAUUGACUUUGCCUGUGCAUGAAUGAACCAGGAAUGCAAUAAAUAUCGACUAGUUUCUCUGGCUGGCUGGUUGGUUGGGUGUUAACACUUUCAUAUCUAUGUACAAAUAAUACUAUUUUGAAAGUCGUGAAAAUUUUAUCACUUCUGCAUAUUAAAUGAUAACAGACAAGUUGAUAAUUUUAAUAACGAUUGGUUUUCACUGAGGUAUGCAAGGCCGACUACUUCUAAACGUAACCGAUCACAAAGGCAUGAAGACCUAAAUUUAAAGCCGAUAAUUAAAUUAGAGAAGAGAGCAGAAUCGUAGAGAACAUUGAACGGCUAAAACGCAAGCGGUGGUAGGGGAACACGUGCGUCGUAACAAAUACGGCUACUACUGCUACUGUCGCUAUCGCUGCUGCUGUUGUUUGCGCGAGAAGGGUGACCCCUUUGCUUAUUGGAAUUGAGUGUAAAGUUGGUGGACAUGAUUUUGGAUUGAUUUGAAAAUAAUACAAAAAAACUAGAAGUAAAGAAACUGAGAAGCAGAAAUAGCUACUGAAGAGCAAUUAGCUGCUGCAUGAAAAAAGCUGAGUAAAAUGAAAAAAAAUCCAACUACUUUUGUGUGUUAAAAGCAAAAUGUAGUGCCUUUGGAGUGUAAAACUGCUGUGGAUACCUUUCGUUUUUUUUUUUUUUGGAACGUUAAUGUAGCAACUUACCCUUACGACAUAAAUAUUUAGCUAUAAUUUAUAUACAUUAAAUAAGCAUAACAAUGUCGUUCAUAAAUAAUCUUAAGAAAGUAUUCCACCUUGGUGGUGGUGAGGCGAAAAAGAAACGCCUUUAUAAUAACAUCAAAAUGGACACAGAUCCGGCGGAAUUUUGGGAAAUGGUAGGCGAGUUGGGAGAUGGAGCUUUUGGCAAGGUAUAUAAGGCGCAACACAAAGAGCAAAAACGCUUUGCUGCGGCAAAAUUGUGCACAUUGGAAGAUGAAGAGAAUCUAAGUGAUCACAUGGUUGAAAUAGAUAUUUUGUCAGAAAUAAAACAUCCAAAUAUUGUGGAGUUGUAUGAAGCGUUCUCAAUAGAGGACAAGCUGUGGAUGUUAAUCGAGUAUUGCGAUGGCGGUGCGCUUGACAGCAUAAUGGUGGAAUUAGAGAAACCACUCACGGAACCACAAAUAGCCUACGUUUGCCGGCACAUGACUGAAGGUUUAAAUUUUCUACACAAUAACAAAGUGAUACAUCGAGAUUUAAAAGCUGGAAAUGUAUUACUAACCAUGGAAGGCGGUGUCAAAUUAGCUGAUUUUGGCGUAUCAGCUAAAAAUAAGCAUACUUUACAGAAGCACGAUACGUUCAUAGGCACACCUUAUUGGAUGGCACCAGAACUAGUGCUGUGCGAAACAUUUCGGGAUAAUCCUUACGACUUAAAAGUGGAUAUCUGGUCACUUGGCAUAACAUUAAUCGAGUUAGCGCAAAUGGAACCACCAAAUAGUGAAAUGUCACCGAUGCGUGUUUUAUUGAAAAUACAAAAAAGCGAUCCACCAACACUGGAUCAGCCAUCAAAGUGGAGUAAGGAAUUCGUUGACUUUCUAAAGAAAGCUUUGGUCAAAGAUCCACAACAACGUCCACCCACAGAUAUUUUAUUGCAACAUAAAUUCAUUAAUUGUGAACUAGACGCUAAACCCAUAAAAGACUUAUUAUUAGAAUAUAAAGCUGAAGUUGUUGAAGAAGUUGUCGAUGAUGAUGCUGAGGAACCCCGCAACUCGGCGCUCCGGCUCGACCUGGACGAUGACUCUGCCUCUUUGCAGAGCCAAGAUAUUGACAAACUUCCAGGUACCCCAACAUCAGUAUCUAUGGACUCUAAAGAACCAAAUCAAACAAAUAGUAUACCACAAAGUAAACUAUCACAACAACAAGGCGGAGCUGCAGAGAAUGCUUCACCUGUUUUGCAAAAAAGUCUUGAAAAUAAUAUAACACCAGCUUCUAAGGGGGCCAAAGAGGAUGAACCAACAUUUAGCGUUAAUAAUGCGCCAAAAGAUAAUGACACGAGUAAGACGCUUUCAACUGCUGGAGUGGUCAGUAAGCAAGCAGUUGCUACCAAUGCUGCCAACGAAGCUGCUGAUAGUCUUCCUGAGAGAGGCGUUGACGCCGAUAGGAAGAUCACCAAAAAAGAAAAGGGUAAAGCGCCACCACCACCGUCUGCCGCUGCUGUGAUCACCAAGCCGCCCGAAGCACCGACACUCGCAACGGCAACUGCAAAUGCACGCACUGAGGUGGAAAAACGCAGCAAUGAAGAACGUACACCAGCACCGCUAGCGCCCAUAACGGUGCCAAUCGAGCUCACCAAAAAUGUGGAAAUCGAUAUACAAACACCGCUUGCCCCACAACACUUUGGCAAUGAGCCGGAAGAGCAGCAAGCGCAAGUGCCAGCACCACCACCAUCUCCGCCUUCACCGACCACAUCGUCAGCAGCGGUUUCGGUGAAUUCCGCUUCAUCGUCGUCGAUGAAGAGCGGCGCUAUGCUCAGCUCGAGUACUUCGCUUAUCACCAUAAAUAGCGAGGCUUCACCAACCAGCACGCCAACUCGUGCGUUCAACAAUCAGGCACAACCACAACAACAACAACAAAAUGUAGUUCAUCCCAAUAGCUUGGAAGCUGGUGUCAGUCAGAUAAGAGUUGUGACCAGCACGCAUCCACCGGUCAUAAUUGACAAUUCGGUGUUGCCUGCCGCUGCUGCCACUGCGGCCACAGCUGCAGUGCCGCAAAGUGAAGUGAUCAUUGUUUCGAAUGAUUUGAAUAAGAGCACACAUGUGCCGGAAUCUUCGACUGAUGAUGAUUUUACUUCGUUCGAUGACAGUCUGGGCGAUUCACCGCGAUCGCCCCGUCAAUCAUCCAUGAUAGUGGCCGUUUGCGAGCAGAAUGCCGAGGAAACGGAUAAGGCGGACACAAAUGCCGAAAAUAAUCAGUCCAUACACGGUAAAGGUGCGCGUGCGCGCAAAUUAGACGAGAGUGAGGUGCUAAUUGUUAGCCCAUCUUAUGUUGAUGAUGACUCCGCAUACAAUACAGCCACGGGCAGUCACGAACACAGCGAACAUCUAAUGGACACUAGUCACGUGUCUGUUGUGACUGUCGGUGAUGAAAUAAAAGUCAAGGAUAGUAGUCAUCUAAGUACCGAUCAAUAUGAUACGACACUCAGCAACGACAACAACAAUCUGAAUAAUCAACGGCCAUUCAUAAAGAAUCACAAUAACAACCACCAAAACGGCCAAAUUAUCACAGGCACACCAACAGAAGAUGUAAAUAUUAUUAUAAAUCGUAAUACGCCACAAGACAUUAGUGUUGGCAAACGACCGUCACCGGAUAAUAGCGUAGGCUCUAUGGAUUCGCGUACACUAAGCGAUAGCGGUUCGUUACGCUCGAGUGGCGGUGUUGUACGACGCGCUGUCGGCUUGAAUAUUGCAACGGUUGAUCAAAGUGACGUUGAAAGUAUCGGCACCACAACUAGUCAUGAUAGUCGUAAUGAGGCGGAUACACCCAUAAUGGGCACGAAGAUACCCGAAGAUGAGGAAGUUGUCAUACGACGUAAACAGGGUGCGCCGAAGAUAGUGGCACCCACUGGUCCGACUAAAGAGGAAAUCGAAUUACGUAAUCUACGUAAAAAGACACGUAAACGUACGCGAAAAUUCGAAAUCGAUGGUGUACAAGUGACGACAACCACAAGUCGCGUCAUUUACGGUGAUGAGGAGUCUGGCAGACUCUACGACGAUCAUGUGUUCCGCAAGCAAGAGUUGCGUGAAUUGAAAAUGUUGCAAAAGCAGGAAAAGAAACAACAAAACGAUUUGCAAUUGAAGGAGCAAAUAGCGCGCGAGCAACAGGAUCGUCGUUUCGAACAGGAACGCAUCUCACUGGAGAAGACCUACGAAGCUGAUAUGGAUACAUUGGCACGACAGCAGAAACAGUUAAUUGAGCGCACGGAACAGGCACAGGAAAGUGAGUUGCGCAGCUCAUCGAAACGCAUACGUUCCGAUCAAGAACAGGAAUUGAAAAUAUUCCGUGAGAAUUUGAAACAAGAAAUCCGUUUGCUUAAACAAGAGGUUGACUUGCUGCCCAAAGAUAAACGUAAAGACGAAUUUAAACAACGUCGUUCCGCCAUGGAGCUCGAUCAUGAGGAGAAAGAGCGCGCCUUUCUGGAUUCGCUCAAAGAACGCCAUGAAUUGCUAUUGCGCCGAUUAAGCGAAAAGCAUCGCGAUCAUCUUGCCACUAUCAAUCGUAAUUUCCUACAACAAAAGCAAAAUGCCAUGCGUACUCGCGAAGCGUUACUUUGGGAAUUGGAGGAGAAGCAAUUACACGAACGCCAUCAGUUGUCCAAGCGGCAUGUAAAGGAGUUGUGCUUCAUGCAGCGUCACCAAAUGAUUGUGCGACACGAAAAGGAAUUAGAUCAAGUGAAGAAAAUGUUGCAACGCAAAGAGGAAGACAUGAUUAAAAAACAGGCAUUGGAGAAGCGUGCGCUGCCGAAGCGUAUACGUGCCGAACGUAAGGCGCGCGAUUUGAUGUUCCGUGAGUCAUUGCGCAUAUCCACGAAUCUGGAUCCAGAGGUUGAGCGAGAACGUCUUAAGAAGUUUCAAGAACAAGAAAAGAAACGCUACACCUUAGAGGAGCGUCGUUUUGAAAUUAAGCACCAAAAGCAGUUGGAGGAAUUGCGCGCUACACGUGAGGGCGCAAUAAGAGAGCUCGAACAGCUGCAGAAUGAAAAACGCAAAGCUUUGGUUGAACACGAACAAGCCAAGCUAACGGACAUCGAUGAGCGCCUAAAGGCUGAGUUGCGUGAAUGGAAGGAGCAAUUAGUACCUAGAAAGCAGAAACUUAUCGAUUUGCUUAACGCUAUGUCUAAGCGUUUUGAGCAAAAAUAUGGUGCCAUACCCGAACGCUUGCCAUUCACCAUGCAAGAUAUUGUGCUGCCCUUGCAGCUGCGUGGAUUCUUCAAUGAUGCGCCACGUUCGCUACCGCGCGGUCUCUUCCUCAACGACAAUCAAAUGUUGCGUUCACGCACCUACUUUACGCUCUCAUCAGAUCCACGUGCCAAAUUCACCGGCUCCACACCGGAUCUGAGCCGUAGUAUGCCCACCACACCGAUUUUUCGCAAAUUUGCGCAAACUAAACUGCGCAGCGAUAGCUUAGCGCUGGAGCGAGCGCCUAAAUUGCGUGAGCAACGCUCAACAGCUGAUAUUGUUGAGUUGCGGCAGGCACACGGUGUGCUUACGCCACGUUUUGCCACCGUCGACGCUGCGCCAACAACAGCGACAACAACUAACAACGAUAUUAUCGAUAUGCCAAGUGUUGCUGGCCAAUUGAAGGCAAUUAAUGUGCAAACACCUACACUCGGCGCCAGUCGUCAAGUCGACAUCGAACGGCCGACACUUUCGACUUUUCGCAAUACAAUGCCGGCACAAAGUCGAAAUGCACCAAUGCGUGAUGCGGAUAUUGUGAAUGAUCGCUUUAGCAAAAGAGAUAAUGUAAGCGUUGAUGAACCAACAGCAUCAUCUGCAGCAAGAGCAACAACAAAAAGCGCAUUAACCAACAAUGAACCCGAAUUGCGUCAACAAGCGCAAAAUCUGCUUUACUCCUCAUCGUUUGCUAUUAAACGCCCCUCACUCUAUGGCAGCGGUCGCUCCUCUUUAGGCAGUUCACAGUCACUCUACGACAUUUACGAGGGCACAACGCGCUUCAACAACGAACACACUGCGCCGCCACUGCCGCCCAUCGGUUUGGCGGGCAGGCGGGCGAGCGCGCUGCUCGACAGCAUUGAACCGUCCUUGCGCGCUUCGAUUAAGUUGAACAGUGUACAGGAGCUGCAUAAUUUGGAUGAUAACGAGGUGAAAUAUACGAUACCGAGAAUUGGCACAACUGAUAGAAAAUCGAAGAAAAAUAAAACUAUCAGUCCUUUAGAAGAGGACUCAAUGGCUUAGAGCAAAGUGUGUGUUUCCAUGAAGCAAAGUAUUUGGAAUGACAUGCAAUUAAUAAUAAGAUAUGCGGCUUAUGCUAAAAGAAACGCAAAUGAAAUUGAAAUAACUGUAAAUCUUAAGACCAUUUAACGCGCAAAACGUAAACGAAGUGAUUUCGAGAAAUGAAAUGGUUUACGAGUGUACUAUCACUCCCAACUACUUACAUCGCAUAUCUGCAUAUAUACAUAUUCAUGCUUUAUAUAAUUGCUGCAUAAAACAUCGUUGCUCCCACAUAUGUGUUGGCACUAAUGUAUUUUCGUUUUGUUUCUUAUGUUUUUUCGUAUUUGUUCGUACUCACGCCUUUACAUUGACCAUCCCACGGCACUUAAAAGCAAACAAACAGCAUUGAGCGUGUGUAUGGAUGUAUGGUUGGUUUGACACUAACUGUUGUAACCGUGUAUAAAUACAUGUAUAUAGUGGUGUGUGUGUUUGUGUGUGUGUGCGUUGGCGUGUUUUAAAAGGCGCUACACUAUGUAACAAAGAAUAAAUAAAUUUUAUUAAAACAAUUUUUUACUACAUAGUGUAAAUAUUGCAGAGAAAGCGUUGCCAUAUUUUUUUCUGUUUGAUUAAAUGCCAUUCAGCUACAAGGUUAAAAAAACAAACAAUCCAAAGGAAGUAUUUUUUCAAAUUAUAAUAUUAAAAUACUUAGAUAAAGUGAGAAGUAUAGUAUUAGGCGCAUGCCUGCUUUGGAAUUUACAAAAAUGUUUUAAAAAUUCAUUUAUUUAGACAAAAAUAUGAAAUAUGUCCAUUUGAAAUUCUACAAGCUCAAAGCACUAAUAAUAGGUUUGAGCGCCUACAAAUAUGCCAAAAAAAUUAUGUUUACCAAAACAAACAUUAAAUGUGUUUGCAAAUUUUUUUUUCAUUAUUUAUUGUCUUUCGCCGCAUAAUAUUGCAGUUAAACUUAAAGUUAGCCGCACUAGAUUAGGAUUUGCGCCUAAAAGUUGUUACAUACAAUUUUCCAGCUAUUUGUAUUCAAGCCUAGAAGAUGUUUUAUUUAGUUCCAAAACAUAAUUUGAGGAUAGUUUUCGUCAUUGAGUGCUCAAGAGUUGCCAUAUUUUCAUAAUUGCGAUGUUGCAUAGAUUUGCGCGCCAUGGUAAAAUGUAGUUAUACGUUUUUAGCGCCUAAAAGAUGCCAUAUUUAAUUGAAAAGGUUCUUGCCUAGCGAUUGUGCGUCAAAUAAUUGCUUUUGCUUUUGUUGCGUUUUAUGUAAAUCCGCUGAUAUUGCUACGGGAAUUUUUUUUUAUGGCUAUUGCCUACAUUUAGGCGUAUAAUACUAUUUUUAGAUUAAUAAAAUACCAGUUUGAACAUGAAAAUAAUAAUAUAGCAAAUAAUCACAAUAGUAGCAAAAAAUUAAAAUAAUCGCAAAUCCUAUUAACUAUGGUAGGAGAAUUUUGUUUAUGUCUAUUGCCUACAUUUAGGCGUGUUAUAAUUUUCAAGUUCAUAAAAUACCAGUUUGAAAACGAAAAUAUAUUAUAAUAAUAUAAAGAAUGAAAACAAAAGCGGAAAUAAAUUAAAAGAGACAAGUAUAGACAUUUUAUGAAAAAUCGUAUAAAAAAAAUAUUUCAUAAAAAAAAUGUUGCACUAAAAAUAUUAAUGUAAUAUAAAUUCAGUCAAGUUCAUUGUAGUGAAAUUGUUUUUUUUUUCUUGCCAAAGAGAAUCGUGUAUGCUAUGUUGCAUAUUUUUAGGCGUUCGAUGAGGUUUUCCGCUUAAGUAAAAAAAUCAAAAGAAAGUUGAGCCCACGUCUUAUAUAUUCCAUUUUAUUGUGUGUAAUAAUAACCCGUAGCAUAUUUUUAGGCGCAAAUACUAUAUUUUUCUUUUAAAAGGUGCGGUCGUUAAGCUCUUAAAACUUGUUCUAAAUUUCUUUCUGAAGCAUUUUCACUUAAUUCCAGCGGUCUUUAACAGUCUUCCACACACAUAUGUAGUUACGCGUUUGUGUCCAAUGAAAUCCAAAAAAUUUUUUUUGCCAUAAAGUGAUGUUUGUAAUCAAUUUCGUUGCCAUAAAAAUCUUGCCAAAGUUUUGCUGCAGCUGCAAAUGCGCGCUUACUAAGCGGCGCGCUGCUUUAAAUAAAUAAUAAUUAAAUAUACAUACAUACACUUUAAUUAGUAUUAGUGUAGGCAUUUAUAAAUAAAAUUUUUGAUGCACUUAUAUUUCCAAAAAACAAAAAAAAAAAAACACGCGUGAGUUAUUAAUAUUAAGAAAACAUAUAUUUUCGUACUAACAUAAACACACGCAUAAAUCAAUGCAAGCAAUCAAAAAAAAACACGUAUUGCCAAAUACAUAUUUUACGAGUUAUUAGCACCAAUAUAAACUAAUUGCAAGCAAUAUCAAAAAAAGAAAAUAAUAAUAAUAGUUUUAGAGGGUUUGCGUAUAAGGAGAGGGUAGGUGUAGUGUCAAAAUGUGCGCUUAUUUUACGAUAUUAUAAAAAAAUAUUUUUUUAUAACUAAAAACAAAUAAGUUUUUUAUAUUUAAAAAGAUAAUUUAUAAUUAAUAUUUUCAAAAUUUGAAUUUGAUAAUUGAAAUAUAAUUAAUUUUAUUAUAACAAUGUUUUUGUUAUAAAAACAUAUUUUUUAUAAUUAAAAAUAAAUUUAUUUAUAACUAAAACUAUAUACAAAUGUAUAUUUAAUAACAAUUUUUUUAUAUUUUAUUUAUCAAAUUCAAAAACAAAAUUCAAACAGUGUGUAAAAAAUACGUUUAAUCUUUAUGUCUUAACAUUCUAUUUACAUUUCUCGCUGUUUAACAUAACAUAACCGAUAACAUAUUAUUGUCUAUGUAGCAAGGCAUAUACUUACAUACAUGCAUUAUGUAAAUAGCAGUACUACAUAAGCGAUUUAAUACGAACAUUCUACUAUAGAUUUUUGAUUGACUUUUCUGUAAUUUAUUUCUUAACCGGCUCAUCUGUCAGCUCUUCUCUAUUUACACACUAUCGAUUCCACUAAUCCGUAACGUUCUACAUAACCUUAAUUUUCAAUUCCACCUAAUCGUUCAUUAUGUUCAUCUGUUGUUGUUGUACCAUUUAUUGUGGCACGUUUAUCUUCUUUAUAUCAUUUGGUUUGAAUUUCAUUUAAAUUAGCGGCUGGAGGAGACAUUCGCACAGCAAUUGGACGAAAUGGAAUCGUUGUAUGGCGGCGCACUGGUAGUUUCCAUGCCGUCCGACACCUUACAGCGCGAUCACUUUACCGGUUCCACACGCAGUAGUCUGUCGUCCUAUUCGGAGGGUUGAAGGCACAUUUUGUUGACUAAGAAAUAUUCAAAAACAAAAAAAAAAAAAAAAGAAACAAAAAUAAAGAGCGGAAUAAAUAAAAAAUAUACAUAUAUAUAUACAUACAUAUAUUUAACGAAAAAUAAAUAAAUAUGAAUAUAUACGCGUAUGAAAAUUAAAUUAAUUUAAAUUCCAAAAAACAAAACCAACAAAAAAUAAUGCUAAAUUAAAUUAAAGCGAGCGAGCAAUUGAAAUGUUAAGCGUAUAAAACGAAAAUAAAAAACGAAGAAAAGCAUGCAAAGUUUAAACAGUUAGUCUGUCGAACAGAAUGGCUAAGUAAUUUUAAAUAUACACUUACACAUAUAUAUAUAUAUAAAUGAAUAUUUUUUAGUUUAAAUAUCUUCUUAUAUAUCCUAGUUCUACUUAAUUAUUAUUAUUAUAAUUAUAAAUUUAUUGUGUGCGUCCAGCCAGUUUUCGCUGUCUACUGCGCCGUAAAAUAUAUUACACACAUACAUGCCUACUACCUACCUACCUACCUACCUACCUACCAACCUAGCUACAUACAUACAAACCUAUCAACCUCCCUUUAUUAUACCAACCACUAUUAUUAUACAACUUUACUUCCAUUAAUAUUGUAAAUAUAUAUAAGCCUUCAAAAAUAAAUGAUCCAAUAUUGUAACAGAUCGUUAAAAA